CCGUGUAAACAGUUAGCUCCGCUCCGGCUAAGCUAGUUAACGCUUCCCUACCUCAGUCCGUCCUCUGGGUCUUUGGACCGCCUGCUCUUUGGACCUCCUCCUGCUCUUUGGACCUCCGGCUCUGGGUUUAAAUGGCCGGCGUCGCCCUGCGCUGCUCCGCUGCCUGGCGCUUUGUUAAACUGAGAAGUGUCUCCAGCUUGGUGAGAUUCUCCACCUUUCCCAGUCUGAAGUUCCACAGCACGGCCUCUCCUAUGAUGGGUGCGACUGUGGAGCAGUUUGAGCAGGCGAAGAACAAACUGUCGACGCUGAAGAAAGACCCCGGCAACGAGGUCAAACUGAAGAUCUACGCUCUCUUCAAACAGGCCACUCAGGGUCCCUGCAACACUCCCAAACCAGGCAUGCUGGACUUUGUCAACAAGGUCAAAUGGGACGCGUGGAAAUCUCUGGGCUCCAUAUCACAGGACGAAGCCCGGCAGCAGUACUGCGACCUGAUUGGCUCCCUGGUGGAGGCAGAAGGUCCGAGCUCUGCCGCGGUGGCCGCUACGCCUGCUGGGAGCCAGGCGGCGUACAAGACGCUGCUGGUCACCACGGAGGACGACAUCACCACCAUAAAGCUGAACCGACCGGCCAAAAAAAACGCCAUCACCACCGAGAUGUACAAUGAGAUUAUUGCAGCUCUGGAGCAGGCGGCCAAAGACGACUCAGUCAUCACUGUUUUCACUGGAGCCGGGGACUUCUACUGCAGUGGAAACGACCUGACCAACUUCCAGCUCCAAGGUGGAGGGGGGGUGGAGGAGAUGGCCCGACGUGGUGGAGAGCUGCUCAGGAAGUACGUCAGGGCCUACAUCGACUUCCCCAAGCCGCUGGUGGCUGUGGUGAACGGACCGGCUGUGGGGAUCUCAGUCACCGUGCUGGGACUCUUCGACCUGGUCUACGCGUCAGAGCGGGCCACCUUCCACACCCCGUUCAGUCAGCUGGGGCAGAGCGCUGAGGGCUGCUCCUCCUACACCUUCCCCAAGAUGAUGGGCGCCGCCAAGGCCAGUGAGAUGCUGAUGUUCAAUAAGAAGCUGACGGCGGCUCAGGCCUGUGAACUCGCUCUGGUCACUGAGGUUUUUCCUGACAGCAGCUUCCAGUCAGAGGUCUGGACCAGACUGAAGGCCUACGCCAAGCUGCCCCGCAAUUCUCUGGCCUUCUCGAAGCAGCUGAUCCGCUCGAUGGAGAAGGAGCGUCUGUACGCGGUGAACGACGCCGAGGUGGAGUGUCUGAUCGGACGCUGGAUGUCGGACGAGUGUUUCAACGCCGUCAUGAGCUUCUUCCAGGCCAAGGCCAAACUCUGAGGGAGGAGGAGGAGGAGGAGGAGGACCAGGACCAGCACCAGCUGAGGAGAGUUCAUUUCACACCAGGACUCACUGAACUCUCUGCUCUUUGUUAGCAACUAGUGACAUUCCCCUCAGCCUCAGUGGACUGUGUUCAGAGCUAAUGCUAACAUGCUAACAUCUCUCUCUCAGCAGCAGAUUAAAUCUAUCAGCUGAUCAGGGUUGAAGCAGUGACCAACACUGACCAACCUGCUGAACUCACCUGUUAACAUCAUCAUGUCUAAUGAAGGAAACACCAGGGUCAGUUUGAAGUGUGUAGCUGGUUAAAGUGCCUUAAACACUGUAAUAUCUUCACAGGCAGCACUGCUCCUUCAUGUUCAACUCUCUCUGUUCAAUAAAAACAUCAUGUGUCUCUGAAAGAGGAAAGUUUGAUCUAAAUCUUCAGUUUCAACAUGUGAAGCUAACUGUUGACAUGUAUGAAAAAGCCUGUGGUGAGUUAGAAUAUGAUCUGAGUCUGGUUCAGCUCCAGGUCUCUGCUCAUGGUGAGAACUGAGAUAACGUCUGCUCUGUAUGAAUGAAACAGACUGACUCUCCAGCACAGCAGACAACAGUGGAUAAAUGAUGUAGGUUCAGAUGAAACCUGUGUGUAAAGUUAUUAAACUGAGCGUAUCCUCUCA